AUGGCGGCACCGCUCACUGACCAGGAGAAGCGUAAACAGAUCAGUAUCAGAGGAAUUGUCGGGGUGGAAAACGUCGCCGAGUUGAAGAAAGGUUUUAACCGACAUCUCCAUUUCACUUUGGUCAAGGACAGGAACGUAGCGACGCCGCGAGAUUAUUACUUCGCCCUCGCGCACACGGUUCGAGAUCACCUGGUGGGAAGAUGGAUCAGAACCCAGCAGUUCUACUAUGAGACCGACCCCAAGGUAAAGUCGCUGCCUGGACAAUUCUCCUGGCUACCUGUCUGCUUUGUGCUGUCCUCAUUUGGUCCAGUAUUAGCUAGCGAUUAUUUUCGCGAACGAACGCCUCUUCUUGGUGAGGAUUCACCAUCUUCAGAUAAUUAGUUUGUAACUUAUUUGCAGAUAGUCGUUGUUUGAAGCUCAAAAAGCAGUAGUCGCUUCAAACAACGACAUAUUUGUGUGUGUGUGUGUGUGUGUGUGUGUGUGUGUGUGUGUGUGUGUGUGAGCGAGAGAGGAAGAGCGCGAGCUACGGGUAGACUCAGGGGGCCGGACAGGUAGACGGAGGGGGACGGAGACAGGGACAUGUACUAGUCUGUGGCGACCUAAAUGCCAGAACUGGACAAGAACCUGACACCCUCAGCACACAGGGGGACAAACACCUACCUGGAGGUGACAGCAUUCCCUCCCCCAUAUGCCCCCCUAGACACAACUACUACAACAUAACCAACAAAAACGGGUCACAACUCCUGCAGCUCUGUCACACGCUGGGUAUGUACAUAGUCAAUGGUAGGCUUCGAGGGGACUCCUAUGGUAGGUACAGCUAUAGCUCAUCUCUUGGCAGUAGUACUGUAGACUACUUUAUCACUGACCUCAACCCAGAGUCUCUCAGAGCGUUCACAGUCAGCCCACUGACACUCCUAUCAGACCACAGCAAAAUCACAGUCUACUUAUAAUAUAAUAUGCCAUUUAGCAGACGCUUUUAUCCAAAGCAACUUACAGUCAUGCGUGCAUACAUUUUUGUGUAUGGGUGGUCCCGGGGAUCGAACCCACUAUCUUGGCGUUACAAGCGCCGUGCUCUACCAGCUGAGCUACAGAGGACCACUACUUGAACAGAGCAAUACUCAAUCAUGAGGCAUCAAAGCCAAAGGAACUGAAUAAUAUUAAGAAAUGCUAUAGAUGGAAGGAAAAUAGUGUCGAAACCUACCAAAAAACUAUUAGGCAACAACAAAUUCAAUCCCUUUUUAGACAACUUCCUGGACAACAUUUUUCACUGUAAUAGUGAAGUUGUAAACUUGGCAGUAGAAAACCUGAACAGUAUAUUUGACCUCUCAGCUUCCCUAUCAAAUCUAAAAAUCUCUAACAGAAAACCGAAGAAAAGUGACAUGGUUUGAUGAAGAAUGCAUAAACCUAAGAAAGAAAUGGAGAAACCUAUCCAACCAAAAACACAGAGACCCAGAAAACCUGAGUCUACGCCUCCACUAUGGUGAAUCACUAAAACAAUACAGAAAUACACUACGGAAAAAGAAGGAACAGCAUGUCAGAAAUCAGCUUAAUGUAAUUGAAGAAUCCAUAGACUAACCACUUCUGGGAAAAUUGGAAAACUCUAAACAAACAACAACACAAAGAGCUAUCUAUCCAAAACGGAGAUGUAUGGGUAAACCACUUCUCCAAUCUUUUUGGCCCUAUAACAAAGAACAAACAGCAAAAAAAUAUACAUUAUCAAAUGCAAAUCUUAGAAUCAACUAUUAAAGACUACCAGAACCCACUGGAUUCUCCAAUUACAUAGAAUGAACUACAGGACAAAAUACAAACCCUCCAACUCAAAGGCCUGGGAUGUUGAUGGUAUCCUCAAUUAAAUGAUAAAAUAUACAGAUCACAAAUUCCAAUUGGCUAUACUUAAACUCUUUAACAUCAUCCUUUUCUCUGGCAUCUUCCCUAAUAUUUGGAACCAAGGACUGAUCACCCCAAUCCACAAAGGUGGAGACAAAUCUGACCCCAAUAACUACUGUGGGAUAUGCGUCAACAGCAACUUUGGGAAAAUCCUCUGCAUUAUCAUUAACAGCAGGCUAGUUCAUUUCCUCAGUGAAAACAAUGUACUGAGCAAAUGUCAAAUUGGCUUUUUACCAAAUUACCGUACGACAGACCACGUAUUCUCCCUGCACACCCUAAUUGACUAACAAACAAAACAAAACAAAGGCCAAGUCUUCUCAUGCUUUGUUGAUUUCAAAAAAGCUUUUGACUCAAUUUGGCAUGAGGGUCUGCUAUACAAAUUGAUGGAAAGUGGGGUUGGGGGAAAAACAUACAUUAUAAAAUCCAUGUACACAAACAACAAGUGUGCAGUUAAAACAACAUAUAUAUAAACUAAUUGGCGAGGGCACUAGAACAGUCUGCAGCACCCGGCCUCACCCUACUAGAAUCUGAAGUCAAAUGUCUUCUGUUUGCUGAUGAUCUGGUGCUUCUGCCCUAGAGCACACAAAAAACUAUACAUACCUUGGCCUAAACAUCAGCGCCACAGGUAACUUCCACAAAGCUGUGAACGAUCUGAGAGACAAGGCAAGAAGGGCCUUCGAUGCCAUCAAAAGGAACAUAAAGUUUGACAUACCAAUUAGGAUCUGGCUAAAAAUACUUGAAUCAGUUAUAGAACCCAUUGCCCUUUAUGGUUGUGAUGUCUGGGGUCCGCUCACCAACCAAGAAUUCACAAAAUGGAACAAACACCAAAUUGAGACUGCAUGCAGAAUUCUGCAAAAAUAUCCUCAGCGUACAACGAAAAACACCAAAUAAUGCAUGCAGAGCAGAAUUAGGCUGAUACCCGCUAAUUAUCAAAAUCCAGAAAAUAGCCAUUACAUUUUAUAACCACUUAAAAGGAAAUGAUUCCCAAACCUUCCAUAACAAAGCCAUCACCUACAGCGAGAUUAACUUGGAGAAGAGUCCCCUAAGCAAGCUUGUCCUGGGGCACUGUUCACAAACACAAACAGACCCCACAGAGCCCCAGGACAACAACAACAACACAAUUAGACCCAACCAAAUCAUGAAAAAAAAAAAAAAAAAAGAAUUACUUGACACAUUGGAAAGAACAAACAAAAAAACAGAGCAAACUAGAAUGCUAUUUGGCCCUAAACAGAGAGUACACAGUGGCAGAAUACCUGACCACUGUGACUGACCCAAACUUAAGGAAAGCUUUGACUAUGUACAGACUCAGUGAGCAUAGCCUUGCUAUUGAGAAAGGCCGCCAUAGGCAGACCUGGCUCUCAAGAGAAGACAGGCUAUGUGCACACUGCCCACAAAAUGAGGUGGAAACUGAGCUGCACUUCCUCACCUCUUGCCAAAUGUAUGACCACAUUAGAGACACAUAUUUCCCUCAGAUUAGAGAUCCACAAAGAAUUUGAAAACAAACCCAAUUUUGAUAAACUCCCUUAUCUACUGGGUGAAAAAACACAGUGUGCAAUCACAGCAGCAAUAUUUGUGACCUGUUGCCACAAGAAAAGGGCAACCAGUGAAGAACAAACACCAUUGUAAAUACAACCUAUAUUUAGGUUUAUUUAUUUUCCUUUUUGUACUUUAACUAUUUGCACAUUGUUACAACACUGUAUAUAGACAUAAUAUGACAUUUGAAAUGUCUUUAUUCUUUUGGAACUUCUGAGGGUAAUGUUUACUGUUAAUAUUUAUUGUUUAUUUCACUUUUGUUUACUAUCUACUUCACUUGCUUUGGCAAUGUUAACAUACGUUUCCCAUGCCAAUAAAGCCCUUAAAUUGAAAUUGAGAGACAGGGGGAUGAGACAGUGAGACUGAGAGGAGGAGGGUGAGAGAGGAGGGGGAGGGGGAGAGAGAGAGAGAGGACCGCCCCAACAGAUCCACAGAUGACGCAAUCUCAAUCGCACUCAACACUGCCCUUUCCCACCUGGACAAAAGGAACACCUACGUGAGAAUGCUUUUCAUUGACUACAGCUCAGCGUUCAACCUCACAGUGCCCUCAAAGCUGUGGGCACUGUGAGGUUGAGCUCAGGACCUUGGGACUAAACACCUCCCUCUGCAACUGGAUCCUGGACUUCCUGACGGGCCGCCCCCAGGUGGUAAGGGUAGGCAACACAUCUGCCACGCUGAUCCUCAACACGGGGGCCCCUCAGGGGUGCGUGCUUAGGCAACCUCCUGUACUCCCUGUUCACCCACAACUGCGUGUCCACAUCACCAACAAACUAUCAUGGUCCAAACACACCAAUAAAGUCAUGAAGAGGGCACGACAACUCCUUUUCCCCCUCAGGACACUGAACAUAUUUGGCAUGGGUCCCCAGAUCCUCAAAAGGUUAUUCAGCUGCACCAUCGAGAGCAUCCUGACUGGUUGCAUCACCGCCUGGUAUGGCAUCUGCCCGGCAUCCGACCGUAAGGCGCUACAGAGGGUAGUGCGUACGGCCCAGUACAUCACUGGGUCCAAGCUUCAUGCCAUCCAGGACCUCUAUACCAGGCGGUGUCAGAGGAAGGCCCAAAAAAUUGUCAAAGACUCCAGUCACCCAAGUCAUAGACUGUUCUCUCUGCUACCGCACGGCAAGAGGUACCGGAGCGCCAAGUCUAGGACCAAAAGGCUCCGUAACAGCUUCUACCCCCAAGCCAUAAGUCUGCUGAACAAUUAAUCAAAUGGCCACCCAGACUAUUUACACUGACCCCCUCCAUUUGUUUUUACACUGCUGUUACUCGCUGUUUAUUAUCUAUGCAUAGUCACUUUACCCCUACCUACAUGUACACAUUGACUCGGCACCGGUAGCCCCUGUAUAUAGCCUCAUUAUUGUUAUUUUAUUGUGUUACUUUUUAUUUUAUUUUUUACUUUAGUUUAUUUAGUAAAUAUUUUCUUAACUCUAUUUCUUGAACUGCAUUGUUGGUUAAGGGCACGUGACAAAUACAAUUUCAUCUGAUGUUCCUGGGGUGUAUUCAUCACUAGGAAGCAAACAGAGAACGGAACAAAACUGGGAGGGACAUACCUGACUUUGUUCAAUUAAAAACUUUGUUUUUCAUGCAAAACGCUUUCUGUUUGGAAUAAACGGUUUGCAUUGCAAAACGUUUUGCUACGGUCUGCCACUAAUGAAUACACCCCGAUGUUCCCCUGUUCCCCAGCGGGUGUACUACCUCUCCCUGGAGUUCUACAUGGGCAGAACCCUCCAGAACACCAUGAUUAACCUGGGGCUGCAGAACGCCUGCGACGAGGCCAUCUACCAGGUGAGACAGAACUGAGAGACAUCUGGAACACGCCAGUGGUAUGUCUGCAGGCAGGAACAACUGGAGCCAGAGACUAACAAACACUGUUACAAGAGAACUGUGAAAGCAUGAUUAACACCUUUUAGUCAUGCAAGCUAAGCAUGAUGACAUGAGGGUGCAGUAAUGCACGAGCUCAAAUACACUAUUGGGCACUAAAAUGGGGCUGUCCUUUUUUUUGUAUAGCGAGUUGAAUUGAGUUGUUUUUAAGUGUCUGUUUGUCGUGUAGCUGGGUUUGGACAUGGAGGACCUGGAGGAGAUGGAGGAGGAUGCAGGGCUGGGGAACGGAGGCCUGGGCAGACUGGCGGGUACAGUACAGACCAACACCCCCUGUAUUUCUAGCCUGGUGCCAGAUCUGUGUGUGCUGUCUUGCUAACUCCUAUGGCCGUUCAUGACCAAAGAAGUUGGCUACACAGCACCAACGUAACUGGGACCAGUCCACAGUGCUAUAUUUGGUAUAUAAACUGGGUGGUUCGAGGCCUGAAUGCUGAUUGGCUGACAGCCGUGGUAUAUCAGACCAUAUACCACGGGUUUGACAAAACAUAUAUUUUUACUGCUCUAAUUAAGUUGGUAACCAGUUUCUAAUAGCAAUAAGGCACCUCGGGGGUUUGUGGUAUAUGACCAAUAUAUCACGGCUAAGAGCCGUAUAUCCAGGCAACAUAUACCACACCCCCUUAUUACAGAAUACAGUGGGUCGACAUCAGGUGGAAAUCUACAGCAAGCCUGUCCUCUGUCUACAAGCCAGAACAGGAAGUUAGCUAAGAGGCUGCUGUUAGCUGGCCAGAACAGGAAGUUUACCCAACCAAUAGGAGGCUGUUGCUGGCCAGAACAGGAAGUUUACCCAACCAAUAGGAGGCUGUUAGCUGUUGCCCACAGACACACCUUAUUACACUUCACUUAUUUUUAUUUUUUUUGGUCAUUUAGCAGACGUUGUAGUUUGGCUGCGUUUACACAGGCAGCCCAAUUCUCAGAAAAAGAUCUGAUCUGAUUGAUCAAAAGACCAAUUAGUGGAAGAAUAUCAGAAUUCGGCUGCCUAUGUAAACGCAUUUUUUUUAAAACAAGGGAACAGAUAUUCAUGCCACAAAGCAUCUGAAGCAAAUGACAACCUCACCGUUGCCGUAUCCCAGAUCUGUUUGUUCUAUAUCGCCACCUCCUAUAGUCGCUAUAACUAACCUCCCAUAGGAAUAUUCCAGAGGAGAUACUAAGAAACGCUUAACCCUUCACAACACUGUACUUUUAUCCCAACAUCAGACAGGUUUUCUUUGCAUCCAUUGAAUCUUCAUCCUUCAUCCGUACAGUUAAUAUUUCUGAUACAUUUGCUAUUAUUAUUAUUAUUUUUUAAUUAUUCAUUCAUUUUUAAUUCCCUGUAUAGCAUGUUUCCUGGACUCUAUGGCGACCCUGGGUCUGGCAGCGUAUGGUUAUGGAAUCCGUUAUGAAUACGGGAUCUUCAAUCAGAAGAUCAAGGACGGUUGGCAGGUAACGACACUUCCCUGCAUUCAUCUACUGCAUUUAAAGGGGCAAUCUGGGAUUGGUACAUCCUUGUUUUGGACUAAAUUAUUGAUAUAUAUAACCAUUUGAUUCUUGGAGAAUAUAACUUUUAUAAAUGCCUCCAUGAGCUUAUUUCAACUGUCUUACCCCAUCAGAAACCAAAAUAUAAGCUUAUUUUAACAAUGACAAAGCACAAGGAUUUCAUUCUUUGCAGUAAAGUAUAACUUCUAAAACUCUAUUCAGGAUGUGCAGGACAGGUUUCAUGCAUGCCUCUUUUCCACUUCAGUCAAUUCAUAAUCAGUACAAUCUAGUUCAGCGUUCAAAAGUGCAUUGCACUAUCUGCACUGCAAACACACAGCCCCAAAUUCAAAAGGUCAAAACCCCUCCGUUGUGUUUGUACUGUAGGUUGUUAUCAGACUCAAACGAGGGCAACAACACGUUAGCUUUCUCAACCUCUGAGCCAACCACCGGCUAUCACAACAGGCACUGGCUGGUUCCCAAAUGGCUCCCUAUGUAGUGAACUGCUUUGGACCAGGGGGCCGUAGUAUUCUGUUCAAAAGAUGUGCACUGUAUAGGGAAUGGGGUGCUAUUUGGGACACAGCCAGUGUUUCACCACUUCAGAGCCGAAGGAGACAGCAGCAACCUCGGUUCCUGUUAAUGAUUGACCAACACCGCAGACAUGGGUUCAAACACAGUUCGAAAAUAAUUUCAAAUACUUUAUCUGAGCUCGGUUGAGUUUGUUUGGUGCAGUAGAACCAAUAGAAUAGUCGGCCAAUCGGGCACCUUAGAGUCCGGUCGGACUAGAGCAAACGCUAAAAUGUAUUUGAAAGAUUUCGAAUACUAUUUGAACCAGGUCUGCAACACUGUGGUGACCCACGUCCUUCCUCUCUAUUGCUCCAGCCUUAGACUGCAACACUGUGGCAGGGGCAGAUUUCAAUAGGUUUCCAUUUAAAUGGGCCCCACAGCUGCCCAGAAUGAUACAACCUUUUAGAAUGAGAGGCUCAGUUGUACUAUUUGUAUAGUAUUAUUAUUAUUAUACUGAACAGAUAUAAACACAACAUGUAAAGUGUUGGUCUGAAAUAAAAGAUCCCAGAAAUGCUCUAUACGCACCAAAAGCUUAUUUCUCUCAAAUUUUGUGCACAAAUUUGUUUACAUCCCUGUUAGUGAGCAUUUCUCCUUUGCCAAGAUAAUCCAUCCACCUGACAGGUGUGGUAUAUCAAGAAGCUGAUUUAAACGGCAUUAUCAUUACACAGGUGCACCUUGUGCUGGGGACAAUAAAAGGUAAAAUGUGCAGUUUUGUGAAACAACAUAAUGCCACAGAUGUCUCAAGUUUUGAGGGAGCGUGCAAUUGGCAUGCUGACUGCAGAAGUGUCCACCAGAGCUGUUGCCAGAGAAUUUUAAUGUUCAUUUAUCUACCAUAAGCCACCUCCAACGUCCUUUUAGAGAAUUUGGCAGUAUGUCCAACCGGCCUCACAACCACAGACCACGUGUAACCACGCCAGCCCAGGACCUCCACAUCCGACUUCUUCACCUGCGGGAUCGUCUGAGACCAGCCACCCGGUUCCACUUAGACCAGGCUAUGGUUUCAUAGUCAUGUUGACCCAUUCAAGUUUUGCUUGAUUUGAAAUUCUCUAUAAACCCUUAUACAGUAUGUUGGCAUGUGAUUGGCUUGUUCCUAGGUGGAAGAAGCAGAUGAUUGGCUGCGUCAUGGUAACCCUUGGGAGAAGGCCCGCCCUGAGUACAUGCUACCAGUGCACUUCUACGGCAGAGUGGAGGAGUCUAAGGAAGGGUCCAAAUGGGUGGACACACAGGUACUUAAUCAUGAUAAUUAAUAAUACCUUUUCAUUUGGAACAUGCUAAUAAUAAUGCUAGCAGUAUCACUUUGUACCUGCGUAUCUAUGGUGAUUUGAGAUGCUUUUGCUAAUGUACUUUACAUGGUUACUAGUGUUAUUACACUACACAGGUAUAACCGCAACUAAGGGCCAUUGUGGUGAUAUAUUUUAAAAAAUAUUGUUUUGGUUAUUGGUCAACCUUGCUAAAAGUGUUUACUGAUUAUUUAUGUUAAAUUCAAGUGUUACCAAUUCUUCCCAUGCGUUGACUCACAGUACAUUUACAUUUUAGUCAUUUAGCAGACGCUCUUAUCCAGAGCGACUUACAGUACCUGCAUAUCAAUGAUUUAUUGAGCUUGGUAUUUAUUAAUUUAUCAUCUUUAAAGUUUCAGUUUUUUUAAGAUGAUAAAUAACUCUUAAAUUUCAACUUAAUCUUAAACCUAAUCUUAAUCCUUUGUCCCAUGCCUCGCCUCUGUAGGUGGUCCUGGCCAUGCCCUAUGACACGCCCAUCCCUGGAUACAUGAACAACACAGUCAACACCAUGAGGCUGUGGUCUGCCCGAGCUCCCAACGAUUUCAACCUAAUGGACUGUAAGUGGCCAGGCGGAUGACUUGACUUUUUAACCCUGCUAGCUCUGGUCCAGGGCCUUAGUGUGGCUUCCUCAAAAGGCUUGAAGAAGGCUUAGUGUUAGCGAGCCGCACAAACGCCCUGGACCAGAGCUAACUUUGAAGCUAACUUGAGAUGCAAGCACUUUUAGUCAGAAUCUCAACUAAAUUACGAAUUUUUGGCAAUGUACGCUUUGUGGAGGAAACAUGAAAGGCAGACAGAUGUCAAGUUAGAGUCCAGGCCUAAAUGAUAACAGUAUUGAACCAGUGAAUAAUAUGAAGCACUUUCUUCUGAGGAACAGAAAUGUACAUGUCCUCUCCCAUUAAGGUCCUAUACAUCACAUGUCCUCUCCCAUUAAGGUCCUAUACAUCACAUGUCCUCUCCCAUUAAGGUCCUAUACAUCACAUGUCCUCUCCCUUUAAGGUCCUAUACAUCACAUGUCCUCUCCCUUUAAGGUCCUAUACAUCACAUGUCCUCUCCCAUUAAGGUCCUAUACAUCACAUGUCCUCUCCCUUUAAGGUCCUAUACAUCAUCACAUGUCCUCUCCCAUUAAGGUCCUAUACAUCACAUGUCCUCUCCCAUUAAGGUCCUAUACAUCACAUGUCCUCUCCCAUUAAGGUCCUAUACAUCACAUGUCCUCUCCCAUUAAGGUCCUAUACAUCACAUGUCCUCUCCCAUUAAGGUCCUAUACAUCACAUGUCCUCUCCCAUUAAGGUCCUAUACAUCACAUGUCCUCUCCCAUUAAGGUCCUAUACAUCACAUGUCCUCUCCCAUUAAGGUCCUAUACAUCACAUGUCCUCUCCCAUUAAGGUCCUAUACAUCACAUGUCCUCUCCCAUUAAGGUCCUAUACAUCACAUGUCCUCUCCCAUUAAGGUCCUAUACAUCACAUGUCCUCUCCCAUUAAGGUCCUAUACAUCACAUGUCCUCUCCCAUUAAGGUCCUAUACAUCACAUGUCCUCUCCCAUUAAGGUCCUAUACAUCAUCACAUGUCCUCUCCCAUUAAGGUCCUAUACAUCACAUGUCCUCUCCCAUUAAGGUCCUAUACAUCACAUGUCCUCUCCCAUUAAGGUCCUAUACAUCAUCACAUGUCCUCUCCCAUUAAGGUCCUAUACAUCACAUGUCCUCUCCCAUUAAUGUCCUAUACAUCACAUGUCCUCUCCCAUUAAGGUCCUAUACAUCACUUCACUUCUAUAUGUCAUUCUGUGUCCUCUCCUCAGUCAAUGUUGGCGAUUACAUCCAAGCUGUUCUGGACAGGAAUCUGGCAGAGAAUAUUUCCCGUGUGCUCUAUCCCAACGAUAACGUAAGUUCUAGAUUGGUACAUUGGACCACGUAGUUGUUAGUCCAUUCUCUCCCUUUACAUUUACAUCAUUUAGCAGACGCUCUUAUCCAGAGCCACUUACAAUAGUGAGUGCAUACCUUUUCUUUUUUUUUUUUUCUUCCAUACUGGUCCCCUGUGGGAAUCAAACCCACAACCCCUGGGGUUGCAAGCGCCUUGCUCUACCAACUGAGUCUCUCUCUCUCUCUCACUUUGGCACCUGUUCUUUUCUCCUCCUCCUGUUGUAGUUUGUGGACGUUUCCCAAAUGGCACCCUAUUCCUUUUAAUAGUGCACCACUGCUACCCUAUGUGCCCUGGUCAAAAAGUAGUGCACUAUAAAGGAAUAGGGUGCCAUUUGGGACACACUCCUCCUCUCCUCCUCUGUUGUAGUUCUUUGAGGGCAAGGAGCUACGUCUGAAGCAGGAGUACUUCGUGGUGGCUGCCACUCUCCAGGACAUCAUCCGACGCUUUAAGAACUCCAAGAAGGGCUCCACCGGCCCCGUGUCCUUCCACAGCUUCCCAGAGAAAGUAGGUUUCUUGUUGAUUUUUAUCAUGACUCGCUGAAUCCUAACAAAAAAAUACAGUUGGUUAUUUUGAUUUGAUUUGAUUGUGUUGACAGGUGGCCAUCCAGCUGAAUGACACUCAUCCUGCCAUGGCCAUCCCGGAGCUCAUGAGGGUCUUUGUGGACAUCGAGAAACUCGACUGGGAUACGGUGCGUUAGAGAGAGAGAUGAAACUUUUUUAUAUUUCUUGUAUGAAAAUCAAACCACUAAACUUUUGUGUAACUUGUAUAAUAAGUCCGUGUGUCCAGUAUGUUGGGUAAAUGAGUGAAAGCCGUGCAGCACAACACCCUGAAGCACCUUUAUCUCAUAGAACUCGUUUCAAGGGCCUCGUCUGUCGUAGCCUGGCAGUGUACAACCACAGGGAGUUGGCUAUGCAGCACGAUAACGGAUCUGGGGCCACAAGGCCAUUUCAUUCAGUGUGCACUGUGUUUAUUAGAACCAUUUGCUCUUUCCUGUCAGGCGUGGGACAUCACCAAGCGGACCUUUGCGUACACCAACCACACGGUGCUCCCUGAGGCUCUGGAGCGCUGGCCCGUUAGCUUGCUGGAGACACUGCUGCCCAGACACCUCCAGAUCAUCUACAGGAUCAACCAGGGACAUCUGGACGUACGUACUGUAUAGACUGGGUUCAGUGGGUGGUAUUCUAACUGAUGUACUAUUAUAGACGUUGAUACUGAAUGACUUGAAAUAUGUCCCCCUUACAAGACGAAUGGAAACUCAUCCGGUCCACCUUAACUCCCCACUCCUCCUCCUUGGCCCUAAUUCAUCCAUAUACAUGCCGCUUGUACUGUGCCUAUAAGCGGACUGUUCAGAUCUGCAGCAUCAUAUGGUUUAGGAGGGAUAUGGAGCGGAUUGGGACCAGCUGACAGAGUUUGUUUUAUGGUGUUUCUCCAGGGGAUUUCGGCUCUCUUCCCAGAGGACGUGGAUCGGAUACGCAGGAUGUCUCUGAUCGAGGAGGACGGGGGCAAGAGGGUCAACAUGGCCCACCUGUGCAUCGUGGGAUCUCACGCCGUCAACGGAGUCGCUGAGAUACACUCCAACAUCAUCAAGACUGAUGUGUAAGAUGGUUAAUCUCUACUGUAUUCUCCCUGAUAGUAGCAGCAUUCUCUCUGAUGGUUCAUCUCUACUGUAUUCUCCCUGAUAGUAGCAGCAUUCUCUCUGAUGGUUCAUCUCUUCUGUAUUCUCCCUGAUAGUAGCAGCAUUCUCUCUGAUGGUUCAUCUCUACUGUAUUCUCCCUGAUAGUAGCAGCAUUCUCUCUGAUGGUUCAUCUCUACUGUAUUCUCCCUGAUAGUAGUAGCAUUCUCUCUGAUGGUUCAUAUCUACUGUAUUCUCCCUGAUAGUAGCAGCAUUCUCUCUGAUGGUUCAUCUCUACUGUAUUCUCCCUGAUAGUAGCAGCAUUCUCUCUGAUGGUUCAUAUCUACUGUAUUCUCCCUGAUAGUAGCAGCAUUCUCUCUGAUGGUUCAUCUCUACUGUAUUCUCCCUGAUAGUAGCAGCAUUCUCUCUGAUGGUUUAUCUCUACUGUAUUCUCUUCAGUCUGAAACACUGUUGAUUUGCUACGGUGGGCCUUAUUGAACACGAUUCUACUGUCUUCUAGUAGCAUCCUUCUAGAUUCUAAAAUAUAUUUAAUCUUUUGUUUUGAAAGGUUCCGAGACUUCAGCGAAUUAGAACCGGAGAAGUUCCAGAACAAGACCAAUGGCAUCACUCCUAGACGCUGGCUCCUCCUCUGUAACCCGGGAUUGGCUGAGCUCAUUGCUGAGGUUUGAUUGGCAUCUUUGAUUGGCCGUUUUAUGUCUUUGAUAUUCCUGUAUCUUUGAAUGCCAUUUUCUUUGCUAAUUUGCUAUGUCACGUUCAUGUACUUUGUCUACAUGUUUCUAGGCCAUUGGGGAGGAAUAUGUGAAGGACCUCAGCCAGUUACAGAAGCUCAAUGAGCUGGUAGAUGAUGAUGCCUUCAUUAGAGACGUCUCUAAAGUCAAGCAGGUAAAGCUUAUCAUAUCUGUCUCCCCACCCCUUCAUUAACAACGGUCUAUACGCAUGAACUAUAACGUAUCAUGGUGCAUAUUUGUGAGUUCUACUCUCUGUAUUUACUGUUCUGAAGAACCAUGCCAUUUCCCAAUAGUAAUAUUGGCAGAAAAUUACCCCCAUAGAUAAACACAACAGCCAGGCAAACAAUCCAACCAACUGAAUAAAUACACUGAAUACACAUCAGUGUGGAACUCUUAAUUCCAUGCAACACAGAGCAGACAGGAAGUUGACCAUAUAUAAUUCCAUGCAACGCAGAGCAGACAGGAAGUUGACCAUAUAUACAGUACCAGUCAAAAGUUUGGAGACACCUACUCAUUCAAGGGUUUUUCUUUAUUUUUACUAUUUUCUACAUUGUAGAAUAAUAGUGAAGACAUCAAAACUAUGAAAUAACACAUAUGGAAUCAUGUAGUAACCCAAAAAGUGUUAAACAAAUAUAUAUAUUUUGUAUUUGAGAUUCUUCAAAUAGCCACCCUUUGCCUUGAUGACAGCUUUGCACACUCUUGGCAUUCUAUCAACCAGCUUCACCUGGAAUGCUUUUCCAACAGUCUUGAGUUCCCACAUACGCUGAGCACUUGUUGGCUGCUUUUCCUUCACUCUGCCGUCCGACUCAUCCCAAACCAUCUCAAUUGGGUUGAGGUCGGGGGAUUGUGGAGGCCAGGUCAUCUGAUGCAGCACUCAUCACUCUCCUUCUUGGUAAAAUAGCCCUUACACAGCCUGGAGGUGUGUUUGGUCAUUGUCCUGUUGAAAAACAAAUGAUAGUCCCACUAAGCCCAAACCAGAUGGGAUGGCGUAUCGCUGCAGAAUGCUGUGGUAGCCAUGCUGGUUAAGUGUGCCUUGAAUUCUAAAUAAAUCACAGACCGUGUCACCAGCAAAGCACCCCCACACCAUAACACUUCCUCCUCCAUGCUUUACGGUGGGAAAUACACAUGCGGAGAUCAUCCGUUCACCCACACCACGUCUCACAAAGACACAGAGGUUGGAACCAAACAUCUCCAAUUUGGACUCCAGACCAAAGGACAAAUUUCCACUGGUCUAAUGUCCAUUGCUCGUGUUUCUUGGCCCAAGCAGGUCUCUUCUUCUUAUUGGUGUCCUUUAGUAGUGGUUUCUUUGCAGCAAUUAGACCAUGAAUGCCUGAUUCACACAGUCCCCUCUGAACAGUUGAUGUUGAGAUGUGUCUGUGACUUGAACUCUGUGAAACAUUUAUUUGGGCUGCAAUUUCUGAGGCUGGUAACUCUAAUGAACUUAUCCUCUGCAGCAGAGGUAACUCUGGGUCUUCCAUUCCUGUGGUGGUCCUCAUAAGAGCCAGUUUCAUCAUAGCACUUGAUGGUUUUUGCGACUGCAUUUGAAGAAACAUUCAAAGUUCUUGAAAUGUUCCAUAUUGGCUUAAAGUAAUAAUGGACUGUCAUUUCUCUUUGCUUAUUUGAGCUGCCCUACCUUGUCACAACACAACUGAUUGGCUCAAACGCAUUAAGAAGGAAAGAAAUUCCACAAAUUAACUUUUAAGAAGGCACACCUGUUAAUUAAAAUGCAUUCCAGGUGACUACCUCAUGAAGCUGGUUGAGAGAAUGCCAAGAGUGUGCAAAGCUAUUUGGCGAAGGGUGGCUAUUUUGAAGAAUCUCAAAUAUAAAAUAUAUUUUGAUUUGUUUCACACUUUUUUUUGGUUACUACAUGAUUCCAUAUGCGUUAUUUCAUAGUUUUGAUGUCUUCACUAUUAUUCUACAAUGUAGAAAAUAGUAAAAAAAUAAAGAAAAACCCUUGAAUGAGUAGGUGUGUCCAAACUUUUGACUGGUAGUGUAAUUCCAUGCAACGCAGAGCAGGCAGGAAGUUGACAAUAUAAUUUAGCAGAACAUUUUUGUUCCUUGGUACACAGAGCAUGAUGCUGAUGCUACUAUUUCAUAAUAAGAUCAUCCUAUCAAACUGAUCCCAUUGUUUGAACAGGGUUAUGCCCCAAAUACACUACUUCUGACCCUGGUCUGACCCCUAUGGGCCUAGUUAUUAUAUUUAUUUAUUUAUUUAUAUAUAUAUAUAUAUAUAUAUAUUAGCCUAGUGGCACUAUAUAGGAAAAAUGGUACCAUUUUUGGAUGCAACCCAGGAAUGGAGGAAAGCUAAAUUGAGAAAGAUCCUGUCUCCCCCUACAGGCUGCUCCAUGGUCAGAUGUAUUAGGGGCCAUGGUCACAGGGAGUGUGUUCACUAAAAUGGGAAUACAAUGCCAUUUUUGUAUCAAGUCCAUGUAUUUCUGUGCUCCAGGAUAACAAGGAUAAGUUUUCCCAGUACCUGGAGAAAGAGUACGCGGUGGAAAUCAACCCGUUCUCCAUGUUUGACGUCCACGUCAAGAGGAUCCAUGAGUACAAGCGCCAGCUCCUCAACUGCCUUCACAUCGUCACCGUGUACAACCGUACGUCCUAAGAUGCUUCCCAAAUGGCACCCUAUAUAGUGCACUAGUUUGGGGGGGGAAUAGUGUGUCAUUUUGGGACGCAUUUAUUCUCCUCCCUGCCUUAUGGAUGACCCUUGGUUAUAAAUGAUCUGUGAAGCUUCUACGUGAAUUCCCAUGUUGUAGCCUCUGUCUGAUGAAGGUCUCUGACCCGAAACAUCGCAAUAUGUUCUACAAUAAACUAUUAUUAUUUGUAUAAGAGAGUGUCUCUCCUCACCUUCUGAUCCGUGUUGUGUCCUGACAUGGGUACUGUACCGUCAAAUCCUUAUGCAUACAGAUAUAGGGCGGCAGGUAGCUUAGUGGUUAAGAGCGUUGUGCCAGUAACCGAAAGGUCGUUGGUUCUAAUCCCCGAGCCGACUAGGUGAAAAAUCUGUCGAUGUGCCCUUAAGCAAGGCACUUAACCCUAAUUGCUCCUGUAAGUCGCUCUGGAUAAGAGCGUCUGCUAAAUGACUAAAAUGUAAAUGUAAAUGUAUGAAGGCUAUAUUUAGGCGUGUAAUAAGUAACACCACCUUUUUUUUUAAAAAUCUGAUCAAAUAUUUAGUUUAUUUGUUUUUGUUUUUUUGAAGGUAUCAAGAAGAACCCAAAAGCACCUUUUGUUCCCCGGACUGUGAUCAUUGGUGGGAAGGUACGUACGGGACUCACUCAACUCAAAACCCAUUUUACAGGAGUAGCCUAGGACUCUUUCUCAAUAUCGGAAAGAGGGAGGGACCUCUGACCUUCUCAUCCAAUGUGUUUUGAGAAGGAGAGAGGACACGAGGAAUCAAAGGAAAUGCAAUUGAGAUUCUCCCUGUGUCUUUAAUUUAUUCCUUGUAGCCUCUUCCCUCGGUUUCAAAACGCAUUGGAGGAAAAGCUUGAGGGGAGGAACUGUGGAUCUUCUCCUCAGAUGCGUUUUGAGAAGGAGGUGAAGAGCGGGGACACCCUAGUGAAAUUAAAUGGAACUCUAGGGGCCCUGGUCAAACGUAGUGCACUAUAUAGGGAAAAGGGUACCAUUUUGGAUGCACAUCCAGGAAUGGAGGAAAACUAAAUUGAGAAAGAUCCUGUCUCCCCCUACAGGCUGCUCCAGGGUACCACAUGGCCAAGAUGAUCAUCAAGCUGAUCACAGCUGUGGGGGAGGUGGUCAACAAUGACCCUGUGGUGGGCAGCAAGCUGAAGGUCAUCUACCUGGAGAACUACAGGGUCUCUCUGGCUGAGAAAGGUACUGUAUCUAUCUACUACAUAUUGGGCGGCAGGUAGCUUAGUGGUUAAGAGCGUUGUGCCAGUAACCGAAAGGUCUCUGGUUCUAAUCCCCGAGCCGACUAGGUGAAAAAUCUGUCGAUGUGCCCUUGAGCAAGGCACUUAACCCUAAUUGCUCCUGUAAGUCGCUCUGGAUAAGAGCGUCUGCUAAAUGACCAAUUUAUUAUUUAUUUAUUUAUUACUAUAUAUCUAUCUGGAGAAAGGUACUGUAUCUAUCUACUAUAUAUCUACCUGGAGAAAGGUACUGUAUCUAUCUACUAUAUAUCUAUCUGGAGAAAGGAACUGUAUCUAUCUACUAUAUAUCUACCUGGAGAAAGGUACUGUAUAUAUCUACUAUAUAUCUAUUUGGAGAAAGGAACUGUAUCUAUCUACUAUAUAUCUACCUGGAGAAAGGUACUGUAUCUAUAUCUAUCUACCUGGAGAAAGGUACUGUAUAUAUCUACUAUAUAUCUAUCUGGAGAAAGGUACUGUAUAUAUCUACUAUAUAUCUAUCUGGAGAAAGGUACUGUAUCUAUCUACUAUAUAUCUACCUGGAGAAAGGUACUGUAUCUAUCUACUAUAUAUCUACCUGGAGAAAGGUACUGUAUAUAUCUACUAUGCACUGAGUGUCAAUUCGUUGGGGCAUGGACUCUACAAGGUGUUGAAAGCGUUCCACAGGGAUGCUGGCCCAUGUUGACUCCAAUGCUUCCCACAGUUGUCUUGUUGGCUGGAUGUCCUUUGGGUGGUGGACCAUUCUUGAUACACACGGGAAACUGUUGAGUGUGAAAAACCCAGCAGCAUUGCAGUUCUUGACACACAAAUCGGUGCGCCUGGCACCUACUACCAUACCCCGUUCAAAGGCACUUCAAUAUUUUGCCUUGCCCAUUCACCCUCUGAAUGGCACACAUACACAAUCCUUGUCUCAAAGGUUAAAUAAGGAUUUUUAAGCCGUCUCCUCCCUUUCAUCUACACUGAUUUGAAGUGGAUUUAACAAUGACCUCAAUAGCUUAGUGGUUAAGAGCAUUGUGCCAGUAACCGAAAGGUCGCUGGUUCUAAUCCCUGAGCCGACUAGAUGAAAAAUCUGUCGGUGUGCCCUUGAGCAAGGCACUUAACCCUAAUUGCUCCUGUAAGUCGCUCUGGAUAAGAGCGUCUUCUAAAUGAAAAAAAUAAAAAUAAUAAUAAGAGAUCAAAGUUUUCACCUGGUCAGUCUGUCAUGGAAAGAGCAGGUGUUCCUAAUGUUUUGUAUACUCAGUGUAUCUCUAUCUGGAGAACUACAGGGUCUCCCUGGCUGAGAAAGGCACUGGAUAUUUAUCUACAGUCGCUAGUGAAAGUCUGCAGUCUUCACAUUUAGCUGCCUUAAAAUUCAAUCUAAAGGGAUUAAAUGUAAUUUAUUUCCCCCCCCCUACCAAUCUACAUAAUUUAAUUCACAUUUUCAAAGUGAAAUAAAUAUUCUAGAAAAUCUUCCAAAUGAAUACUAAAUAAAAUGGGAAGCUGUCUUGAUUGUGAAUGUCUUCACACCCCAGACUUAAUUUUUCAAGCUCAGUACAUUUGGUUGGGAAUCAUUGAUGGACAGCAAUAUUCAAACCUUGUCUCUGAUUUUCAAGCAGAUUUAAGUCGGGGCUGAGACUGGACCAUUCAGGAGCUAAUAAUACCAAUUGGAAAGCCAUUUUGCAUUGUUUUUGGCAUUACAAUUUGUGUAAUUUUCCAGCUGAAAAAUAAAACUCUACCCCAGGGUUUUCAGAAGACUACGUCGGGUUUUCCUCUUAACCUUUUUACACGGUCUUGUCUCCUUUCAUAUUUAUUUGGAUCCUGACAAACUCUCCAGUCCCUGCCAGUGACUAGCAUACCCAUAACAUGAUGCUGCCACCAUUUAAUAUUUACUUUCAGGGGAAAAGUAUCAUCAUUAUCCUUGUGGGAGUAUUAGAGAUGUACAGGUAACUGGCCAAAAUAAAGGAAACACCAACAUAAAGUGUCCUUUAAAAGGGUGUCGAGACACCACGAGACAGAACAGCUUCAAUGUACCUUGGCAAAGAUUUUACAAAUGUCUAGAACUCUAUCGGAGGGAAGCGACAACAUUCUUCCACGAGAAAUUCCAUAAUUCGGUGUGUUUUGUUGAUGAUGGUAGAAAACGCUGUCUCAGGCGCCGCUCCAGAAUGUCCCAUAAGUGUUGAAUUGGGUUGAGAUCUGGUGACUGAGACGUCCUUGGCAUAUGGUUUACAUCAUUUUGAAGCUCGUCAAACCAUUUAGUGACCACUCGUGCCCUGUGGAUGAGGGAAUUGUCAUCCUAUGGGGGCGUAGCCAAAAUAAUGGCCUGCUUACAUGACCCUAAGCAUGAUGGGAUGUUAAUUGCUUAAUUAACUCAUGGAACCACACCUGUGUGGAAGCACCUGCUUUCAAUAUACUUUGUGUCCCUCAUUUACUCAAGCGUUUCCUUUUAUUUUGGCAGUUACUCUAUUAGAUACAGGUAUCUCUAUAUGUGCGUCCCAAAUGCGCCAGGUAGCCUAGCGGUUAAGAGCACUGGGCCAAUAACCGAAAGGUCGCUGGUUUGAAUCCCCAAGCUGACUAGGUGAAAAAUAUGUCUGUGCCCUUGAGCAAGGCACUUAACCCUAAUUGCUCCUUUUACGUGGCUCUGGAUAAGAGCGUCUGCUGAAUGACUAACAUGAUCAAUGUAAAUCUGGUUCUGGUCAAAAGUAGUGCUCUAUGAAGGGAACAAGGUACUAUCUGGGACACACAAAUACACUAUCAUGUAUUAGAGAUGUAUCCGUUUUUCUGUCACUACAGUAAUCCCAGCCACGGACCUGUCUGAGCAGAUCUCCACAGCUGGAACGGAGGCAUCGGGCACUGGGAACAUGAAGUUCAUGCUGAACGGAGCGCUUACCAUCGGCACCAUGGACGGAGCUAAUGUAGAGAUGGCCGAGGAGGCUGGAGAGGAGAACAUGUUCAUCUUCGGCAUGAGGGUGGAGGACGUGGCAGAGAUGGACAUAGAGGGGUAACACACAGAGAGAGGGACAUAGAGGGGUAACACACAGAGAGAGGGACAUAGAGGGGUAACACACACAGAGAGGGACAUAGAGGGGUAACACACAGAGAGAGGGACAUAGAGGGGUAACACACAGAGAGAGAGGGACAUAGAGGGGUAACACACAGAGAGGGACAUAGAGGGGUAACACACAGAGAGAGGGACAUAGAGGGGUAACACACAGAGAGAGGGACAUAGAGGGGUAACACACAGAGAGGGGCAUAGAGGGGUAACACACAGAGAGGGACAUAGAGGGGUAACACACAGAGAGAGGGACAUAGAGGGGUAACACACAGAGAGGGGCAUAGAGGGGUAACACACAGAGAGAGGGACAUAGAGGGGUAACACACAGAGAGGGACAUAGAGGGGUAACACACAGAGAGGGACAUAGAGGGGUAACACACAGAGAGGGACAUAGAGGGGUAACACACAGAGAGAGGGACAUAGAGGGGUAACACACAGAGAGAGGGACAUAGAGGGGUAACACACAGAGAGGGACAUAGAGGGGUAACACACAGAGAGAGGGACAUAGAGGGGUAACACACAGAGAUGGACAUAGAGGGGUAACACACAGAGAUGGACAUAGAGGGGUAACACACAGAGAGGGACAGAGGGGUAACACACAGAGAGAGGGACAUAGAGGGGUAACACACAGAGAGAGAGGGACAUAGAGGGGUAACACACAGAGAGAGACAUAGAGGGGUAACACACAGAGAGAGACAUAGAGGGGUAACACACAGAGAGAGGGACAUAGAGGGUAGGGUUUGUUUUCCCAAAGAUAUCUAAUACUAUUCUGUCUAUGGGAUCUACUUAAUGGAACGUCACAUCAACAAUGCCAUAAAGUUGGGUGACGCUAAACUCAAUCAGAAACUUGACAAAAUGUACGAUUUUAUUGAGUGCGUCAUACAUUAACACAUUGUUUACCAAUUUUGGUUGAACGGGAAGUUGCUCUGUUGUAAACCUGUCAUUUAGAGAGGUGACUAUGAUGUCUGUUGUGAGAAACCUUGCUACUCUAUUCUCUCCUAUAAGCUACGACGCCAUGACGUAUUAUAAGAAGAUUCCAGAACUGAAGCAGGUCAUUGAUCAGAUCAACGGUGGAUUCUUCAGCCCCAAACAACCAGACCUCUUCAAAGACGUCACCAACAUGCUCUUCAACCAUGACCGGUGGGUAGCGGCUCAACCCCAAAUGGCACCCUGUUCCCUAUAUAGUGCACUACCUUCAUACCUAUAGGCCCUGUUCAUAAGUAGUGUACUGUAUAGGGAAUAGGGUGCCAUUUGGGAUGCGGGAAUACCAUUACCAGAAGGGUCAAGGAACGCCGCUCACGUCAAUUUGACUGGAACGUUGACUGCAACACACUUCGCAGAACAUUAUGAUUUGAAUGGGAAUGUUCCGUUCUGGAAAUGUGAUUUGUAUGGCUACAGGACUGUUGGCUGCUGUGGUCCUUCCUGUCCUUCCUGAGUCUUGGCAUUGACUGUCUGUUUCUUCAGAUUCAAGGUGUUUGCAGACUAUGAGGACUACAUAAAGAGCCAGGAGAAAGUCAGCCAACUGUAUCAGGUAAUUAUCAUUAUCCCCCAUGCACCUCUAGCUAAUAACAACUAUAUCAGGUAAUCAUCAUUAUCCCCCGUGUACCUCUAGCUAAUAACAACUAUAUCAGGUAAUCAUCAUUAUCCCCCGUGUACCUCUAGCUAAUAACAACUAUAUCAGGUAAUCAUCAUUAUCCCCCGUGUACCUCUCGCUAAUAACGUGGAUAUGGAUCAUACUGCAGAAAAUAUUGUUUUAUUUUCCCAGGUAAGUUGAGUGAGAACACAUUCUCAUUUACAGCAACGACCUGGGGAAUAGUUACAGGGGAGAGGAGGGGGGGAUGAAUGAGCCAAUUGGAAGCUGGGGAUGAUUAGGUGGUCAUGAUGGUAUGAGGGCCACAUUGUGAAUUUAGCCAGGACACCGGGGUUAACACCCCUACUCUUACGAUAAGUGCCAUGGGAUCUUUUUUUAAACCUUAGGCCGCUGUGCCACUCGGGAAGCCACCAUGGGAUCUUUAGUGACCACAGAGAGUCAGGACACCCGUUUAACAUCCCAUCUGAUAGACUGCACCCUACACAGGGUAAUGUCCCCAGUCACUGCCCUGGGAUGUUUUUUUUUUUUUUUAGUGCCUCCUACUGGCCCUCCACCACCACAUCCAGCAGCAUCUGGUCUCCCAUCCAGGGACCGACCAGGACCAACCCUGCUUAGCUUCAGAGGCAAGCCAGCAGUGGGAUGCAUGGUGGUCUGCUGCUGGAGCCUGAUUACAAUAGAGCCUGAUACGGAUCAUACUGCAUAAAAUAUUACAAUAGAGCCUGAUACGGAUCAUACUGCAUAAAAUAUUACAAUAGAGCCUGAUACGGAUCAUACCGCAUAAAAUAUUACAAUAGAGCUUGAUACGGAUCAUACUGCAGAAAAUAUUACAAUAGAGCCUGAUACGGAUCAUACAGCAUAAAAUAUUACAAUAGAGCCUGAUACGGAUCAUACUGCAGAAAAUAUUACAAUAGAGCCUGAUACGGAUCAUACAGCAUAAAAUAUUACAAUAGAGCCUGAUACGGAUCAUACUGCAGAAAAUAUUACAAUAGAGCUUGAUACGGAUCAUACUGCAUAAAAUAUUACAAUAGAGCCUGAUACGGAUCAUACUGCAGAAAAUAUUACAAUAGAGCUUGAUACGGAUCAUACUGCAUAAAAGAUAAGUCUGGGCACAAUUACCAUUCUAUGGUUGUCCUUUGUGGCACAACAGUAGGUACGACAGUGGUGUUAGCAGUACCAAAGUUGUGGGUUCAAUUCCCACAGGGAUCACAUACUACCCUAAACAUGUAUGCACUCACUGUACUGCCAGUCCUAUUGGACCAAAGUGUCUAAGUGUCAUCAUUAUAUAAUGAAGGUUUGCUUGCAAUGACUGACGUGGUUGUCUUAGCUGAAUGCACUGACGUUACAUUUCUCUGGAUAACAGCUUCUGCUGAAUGACCAAAAUGUACAAGGAAAGUGGCACAAUAUAAACUCAGCAAAAAAAGAAACGUCCCCUUCUCAGGACCCUGUCUUUCAAAGAUAAUUCGUAAAAAUCAAAAUAACUUCACAGAUCUUUAUUGUAAAGGGUUUAAACACUGUUUCCCCAUGCUUGUUCAAUGAACCAUAAACAAUUAAUGAACAUGCACCUGUGGAACGGUCGUUAAGACACUAACAGCUUACAGACGGUAGGCAAUUAAGGUCACAGUUAUGAAAACUUAGGACACUAAAGAGGCCUUUCUACUGACUCUGAAAAACACCUAAAGAAAGAUGCCCAGGGUCCUGCUCAUCUGCGUGAACUUGCCUUAGGCAUGCUGCAAGGAGGCAUGAGGACUGCGGAUGUGGCCAGGGCAAUAAAUUGCAAUGUCCGUACUGUGAGACGCCUAAGACAGCGCUACAGGGAGACAGGACGGACAGCUGAUCGUCCUCGCAGUGGCAGACCACGUGUAACAACACCUGCACAGGAUCAGUACAUCUGAACAUCACACCUGCGGGACAGGUACAGGAUGGCAACAACAACUGCCCGAGUUACACCAGGAACGCACAAUCCCUCCAUCAGUGCUCAGACUGUCUGCAAUAGGCUGAGAGAGGCUGGACUGAGGGCUUGUAGGCCUGUUGUAAGGCAGGUCCUCACCAGACAUCACCGGCAACAAUGCCUAUGGGCACAAACCCACCGUCGCUGGACCAGACAGGACUGGCAAAAAGUGCUCUUCACUGACGAGUCGCGGUUUUGUCUCACCAGGGGUGAUGGUCGGAUUCGCAUUUAUCGUCGAAGGAAUGAGCGUUACACCGAGGCCUGUACUCUGGAGCGGGAUCGAUUUGGAGGUGGAGGGUCCAUCAUGGUCUGGGGCGGUGUGUCACAGCAUCAUCGGACUGAGCUGGUUGUCUUUGCAGGCAAUCUCAACGCUGUGCUUUACAGGGAAGACAUCCUCCUCCCUCAUGUGGUACCCUUCCUGCAGGCUCAUCCUGACAUGACCCUCCAGCCAUACUGCUUGUUCUGUGCGUGAUUUCCUGCAAGACAGGAAUGUCAGUGUUCUGCCAUGGCCAGCGAAGAUCCUGGAUCUCAAUCCCAUUGAGCACAUCAGGGACCUGUUGGAUCGGAGGGUGAGGGCUAGGGCCAAUCCCCCCAGAAAUGUCCGGAAACUUGCAGGUGCCUUGGUGGAAGAGUGGGGUAACAUCUCACAGCAAGAACAGGCAAAUCUGGUGCAGUCCAUGAGGAGGAGAUGCACUGCAGUACUUAAUGCAGCUGGUGGCCACACCAGAUACUGACUGUUACUUUUGAUUUUGACCCCCUCUUUGUUCAGGGACACAUUAUUCCAUUUCUGUUAGUCACAUGUCUGUGGAACUUGUUCAGUUUGUCUGUUGUUGAAUCUUGUUGUGUUCAUACAAAUAUUUACACAUGUUAAGUUUACUGAAAAUAAACACAGUUGACAGUGAGAGGACGUUUCUUUUUUUACUGAGUUUAUAUUAUCAUGUUGUUGUUUUUUUCUUAUAGAACCCGAGGGAGUGGACCAAGAUGGUGAUCAAGAACAUCGCUGCAUCCGGAAAGUUCUCUAGCGACCGCACCAUCACCGACUACGCCACGGAGGUGUGGGGGGUGGAGCCUACAGACCUGAAGAUCCCACCCCCCAAUGAGCCACGCGAGGCCCUCGACAAGACAGCCAGGGUGCUGAGGGAGAAGUGAGGCUGCCUGUUGUGGUGUGGCCAGGGUGAAGUUUCCCCCUAGAUGCUGAUCUAGUCAGUUUAGCAUUUCCCCCCAUUUUAAUGGUUAACGUUAGGAUUGAGAGAUGGGGAAGCUGAUCCUUGAUCUGUACCUCGGGAAAACAUCACCCCAGACUGCCUGACGUUAUUUAAAGGGAAAAUCUGGGAUUCAGACAACAAAGUGGUCACCCCGCAAAUGUAUACACGGACCUGUGGAUGCCAUGCCAUCCAUGAGAUCGAAACGUUUUAACCCUUUACCGUGUUUGUUUACAAUGAUGUAAAGCAAGUCAAAAAAUCUAUAUACCAAUCCCAGAUUGCCCCUUUUUUAACUCAAUAAACUGGGCUCUUUAUGUAAGGCAGUUGACUACUUAACUGAUGCAAAAUAACAGUCUGUUACAUACUUUCAGCAUCAACUAACAAUGUUCUAUUUUUCUGAAUCCAUCUUCUAAAUACAAGGUGCUACACUGUUGCUACCGAAGUCUUACCCUGUCUUUCAGUUGCCAGUGAGUGGUCCAUUCUGAACAGAACUGGCUCAAACUGUACUUGAAAGUGAAUUUAUCAAGAAAGUUUAUUGUGACCCUUAAUUCUCUAAUAUUCAGUAUUGUUACUUAAAAAUAAAUCUAAUCGUCUCUGAUCUGAUGUCUUUUUAAUGUUAUUAACUUUUAAUAGUAAUAUUAUGAAUACUGACAAGUAUGAGAAAGACUAGUGCAAUACAAAAUCUGACUCAAACAUGGACACCCCCCCCAUGAAAGUUCCAGUGAGGACAUAAGACAUGACAAUGAACAGACCAUGUUCCUUCCUGUUGGUACAGUAGGAAGCUCUUCCCCCUAAAAUGUUAUGCUUAGCCACCAGACUAUCUAUAGCAGGGAUCAUCAACUAGAUUCAGCCGCGGGACCAUUAUUACAUUUUUUUCUUGAGCGGAUGGUCAGGGGGCCGAAACAUAAUUAUAAAUAAUUUGUAGACUGCAAAUUGACCGCAAGAAGCCCAGACAGACAUUAAUAUUUGACUAAAACAUAAUCAUUUCAAACCCCGGUUUAAUUUGUAUACGAUCGCAUAGCUCUUUUUUAUGCUUGCAAAUACUUUUGAACAGAUUUCCAAAACUAAAAUCACUUGGAGAUGAUUUGCUGGUGUUCUUACAGUCUUAUAUUUUACAUUUUAGCAGACGCUCUUUUCCAGAGCGACUUACAGUUAGUGAGUGCAUACAUUUUUCAUACUGGCCCCCCCGUGGGAAUCGAACCCACAUCCCUGGCGUUGCAAGCGCCACGCUCGACCAACUGAGCUACAGGAGACCAUAUGUCCAACAUUUUAAAAAAUCAAUACUGUAUUUGUUUUUAACUUGGAGUAUCCUAAGUAUUCACUGUAGGGGACUAUAUGCUCUAUGUUCCAUUGGAGUAUUCACUGUAGGGGACUAUAUGCUCUAUGUACCAUUUGGAGUAUUCACUGUAGGGGACUAUAUGCUCUAUGUUCCAUUGGAGUAUUCUAAGUAUUCACUGUAGGGGACUAUAUGCUCUAUGUUCCAUUGGAGUAUUCUAAGUAUUCACUGUAGGGGACUAUAUUCAUCUAUGUUCCAUUGGAGUAUUCUAAGUAUUCACCGUAGGGGACUAUAUAUUCUAUGUUCCAUUGUCUGUGGGCUUGAAGUGCAAUCUGGUACAGCUGGGAAGAAACACACAUUCUAUCUCAUUGUACUACUGCACAGUAAAAGUACACACAUUCUAUCUCAUUGUACUACUGCAUAGUAAAAGUACACACAUUCUAGCUCAUUGUACUACUGCAUAGUAAAAGUACACACAUUCUAGCUCAUUGUACUACUGCAUAGUAAAAGUACACACAUUCUAUCUCAUUGUACAUUUGAGUCAUUUAGCAGACGCUCUUAUCCAGAGCGAUUUACAGUUAGUGAGUGCAUACAUUAUUAUUAUUAUUUCUUUUCAUACUGGCCCCCCCUGGGAAUCGAACCCACAACCCUGGCGUUGCAAACGCCAUGCUCUACCAACUGAGCUACAUCCCUGCCGGCCAUUCCCUCCCCUACCCUGGACCAAUUGUGCGCCUCCCCAUGGGUCUCCCGGUCACGGCCGGCUACGACAGAGCCUGGAUUCGAAACAGGAUCUCUAGUGGCACAGCUAGCACUGCGAUGCAGUGCCUUAGACCACUGCGCCACUCGGGAGACUACUGCAUAGUAAAAGUACACACAUUCUAUUUCAUUGUACUACUGCAUAGUAAAAGUACACACAUUCUAGCUCAUUGUACUACUGCAUAGUAAAGUCACACAUUCUAGCUCAUUGUACUACUGCAUAGUAAAAGUACACACAUUCUAGCUCAUUGUACUACUGCAUAGUAAAAGUACACACAUUCUAGCUCAUUGUACUACUGCAUAGUAAAAGUACACACAUUCUAGCUCAUUGUACUACUGCAUAGUAAAAGUACACACAUUCCUAGCUCAUUGUACUACUGCAUAGUAAAAGUUAACACAUUCUAGCUCAUUGUACUACUGCAUAGUAAAAGUACACACAUUCUAGCUCAUUGUACUACUGCAUAGUAAAAGUACACACAUUCUAUCUCAUUGUACUACUGCACAGUAAAAGUACACACAUUCUAGCUUCAUUGUACUAAUGCACAGUAAAAGUACACACAUUCAUGUGUAGGUUGGAUUUAAGAACCUCACAACUUUCCCUAAAUCACAAAUGUUCUUAACUUCUACAAGAUCAGCAUGUGAACAGGCACCACAUUUGUCAUCUUCAGCGUGCAGGAGAAGGACACGGUUUGGCCAAAGUCUUCAAACUGCAUAAAACAAAACAAACAACCCAAGGUCAGUGGUUUCUCGCUACUAGAGUACGGCGGCGUCCCAAAUGGCACCCUAUUCACUAUAUAGCGCACUAGCUUUUAUCGGCUCUGGUCAAAAGUAGUGCACUAUAUAGGGAAUAGAGUGCCAUUUAGGCCGCAGAGAUACUCCUAGCAUCGAUCUAUGUUCUAAUGGUCACACAGCCAGUACUGUCUUUACACCGUGUUGUUUCUCUGCAUGAUGUUAUGAAGAACGCUCUCGAAACCUGGAACAUGCCGAUACAUCUGAAAAGGGGAACAAUGGAUAUCAGUUCAGAAAUGUUUUGAGCUUAACUAGUCCUAAAGUAGAGACGUGACCGGGGUGAGAUGGAUAGAGGAGGGAGGGAGACAGACACAGAGAGAGGGAGAGAGAGAGAGGGAGACCGACAGAGACGCCUCACCAUGCUGAGGGGAUGGGCUGGCUACUUCCUCCUCCAUGUUGAUGUACGGAGCCACCAGAAUCGCACCAUCAACAGCAUAGCCUGGUUUCCGGAUCUGCUUGUACUCUAUCCAACAGAUGAUGAUCUCUUGCUCUUUCCAACUCCUUCGCUGUCAAGCCAAACAUGGAAACAUGUCAUGACAAACAUUUCUGUCAUAGAUCCAUUAUUAAUGUUAUGUUCAAUCAUUGACCUAGCGGCCAAACUGUUUGGCAUGACAAUGUGAAAAGUUUUGCCUGCCUGACAGACAGACUGGUGCCAGUCACAGACAGUAAAGACAACAGGAAAAAUAACUAUUGAGUGCGCCAUAGAUCAGUUGAAUAUAAAAAGUAUGACUAGUUGAGAAAGCCAUGCAAUGAUUUUCGAUAACUGUGAAGGUUGAUAAACUCAUAUCACUGUCUGCUCAUUUGCUCAUGUUGACCACUAGAGGGAGCUACAGACGUAUCUAACGUUGACCACUAGGGGAGCUACAGACAUCUAAUGUCGACCACUAGGGGGAGCUACAGACAUAUCUACUGUCGACCACUAGGGGAAGCUACAGACGUGUCUAACGUUGACCACUAGGGGGCGCUACAUACUUAUUUACCAUUGACCACUAGGGGGAGCUACAGACUUCUGUUCAUCACCAGUGACAUAAUAAUAUGCAUGGGAGGAUCUCAAUGGCAUUUCCUUGAUUCCUCCUGUCCUCCUCUCCUUCUUCUCAAAACCCAUUGGAGGAGAAGGUUGGAGUGGAGAGACCUCUGACCUCAUCCAAUGGCAUUUGAGAAGGAGGCGAGGAGAGAGAGGGGGUGAGGAAUCAUUGAUGUUCUCCCUAUAUUUCCCGAUUCUCCACGCUUUCACCAAAGUCCCUGUCAUGGAUUUAAAAACAUAUUGGAUUGUUGUAGGAACUGUCUGGAGGGAGUAACUCGCCUUGCUCCUGUAUCUUCACAGCGUCAUUGGUCACCACCCUCCAUAGAGAGUUCACACAUCUCCACUUGGGGGAAAAGAGUCUAGAAUGAAACCAAAUCUUAAAAAACAUAAACUCCUUUUUCCUGAAGUCACUACUUCAGCUUGUUCCCACAAAUCUAAAAUCAUUGGAUUGAUGGAGGCAUGGGAUAGAGUCCUCUGUAGCUCAGCUGGUAGAGCACGGCGCUUGAAACGCCAAGGUAGUUGGUUCGAUCCCCGGGACCACCCAUACACAAAAAUGUAUGCACGCACGACUGUAAGUCGCUUUGGAUAAAAGCGUCUGCUAAAUGGCAUAUUAUUAUUAUUAUUAUUAUUAUUAUUAUUAUUGAGGGAGUUCCCACCAUAUUUCUCAUACGUCAUUUUCUUUAAAAUCCGUGAAGGGAAGUAGAUGCACACUUUGGGAGGAAGGAUAAAUAAUUGGGACGUAGCCAGAGACUCGCCCAGGGAAUGUCCCCUCAGACAGACCUGGCUGCUCGUGCUGCAUGUCUUUACCCACUGGUACAGGUAGAGGGCGCCAAAGGUCAUCCCUGCCCCACUGGACUCUCCAUAACCUGGGGGACCCCACUGGACUCUCCAUAACCUGGGGGACCCCACUGGACUCUCCAUAACCUGGGGGACCCCACUGGACUCUCCAUAACCUGGGGGACCCCACUGGACUCUCCAUAACCUGGGGGACCCCACUGGACUCUCCAUAACCUGGGGGACCCCACUGGAACUCUCCAUCAACUGGGCUCAAGGGGACCCCAACCUGGGGGACCCCACUGGACUCUCCAUAACCUGGGGGAGAAGGUGACAAAGCAGCCCUUCAUGACGUCAUUAUGGCUGCUUUCCAAAUGGCACCCUAUUCCCUAUAUAGUGCACAACUAUUGACCAGAGCCAUCUGGGCCCUGGUCAAAUGGGCCCAUGGUCAAUAGUAGACCACUAUAUAAGGAAUAUGGUGCCAUUUGGGACGUAGUCAGUAACUACCAGAUGAGCUACAGUACCUACCACAUGAACGUCCUAUAGACUUCUGAGAAUGAAUGAAUUAAUGCAUUUUUUAUUUUUGUCAAAUCGCCAUUGAUGACCCAUCCCUAAGUCUGGUAAUGGCCCAUAUAUGUGUAUACAGUUGUUUGUUUCCCUGAAGUCAUUGUAUCAUUUGCUCCAUAUCAAAUCAAUAGGGUCAGACCUGAACUGGCCGACUUUUACACCAGAGGGAGUAGACAACGUGUAUCCAUGGAAACGGGCAGAGAAUGACAGCUAUGUACACCAUACAGAACUAAGGUCACCUUCUUCAGUCUGGACAGCCCCUGGGAACUAACAUAGAUAAGAUAAGACAACGACGUUGUCCAUUUAGGUCUACACAAAAUGGAAAUGUGUCUUUUGGCGCUCUGGCUUACAGAGAAAGUCAAAAACGUAAUAUAUCCUCCAUUCAGACUUUAACAGGGCAAGAUGUUGUAGUUGGGAAUGGGCCAAAACAAUGGUAGCCUAGUGAUGUGGAUUAUAAUUUACAAGACAUGACACAUCUACAGUUGAAGUCGGAAGUUUACAUACACUUAGGUUGGAGUCAUUAAAACUCGUUUUUUUCAACCACUCCACAAAUUUCUUGUUAACAAACUAUAGUUUUGGCAAGUCGGUUAGGACAUCUACUUUGUGCAUGACACAAGUCAUUUUUCCAACAAUUGUUGACAGACAGAUUAUUUCACUUAUAAUUCACUGUAUCACAAUUCCAGUGGGUCAAAAGUUUACAUACACUAAGUUGACUGUGCCUUUAAACAGCUUGGAAAAUUCCAGAAAAUGAUGUAAUGGCUUUAGAAGCUUCUGAUAGGCUAAUUGACAUCAUUUGAGUCAAUUGGAGGUGUACCUGUGGAUGUAUUUCAAGGCCUACCUUCAAACUCAGUGCCUCUUUGCUUGACAUCAUGGGAAAAUCAAAAUAAAUCAGCCAAGGCCUCAGAAGAAAAAUAGUAGACCUCCACAAGUCUGGUUCAUCCUUGGGAGCAAUUUCCAAACGCCUGAAGGUACCACGUUCAAUAGUUCGCAAGUAUAAACACCAUGGGACCACGCAGCCGUCAUUCCGCUCAGGAAGGAGACGCGUUCUGUCUCCUAGAGAUGAACGUACUUUGGUGCGAAAAGUGCAAAUCAAUCCCAGAACAACAGGAAAUCACCUUGUGAAGAUGCUGGAGGAAAUAGGUACAAAAGUAUCUAUAUCCACAGUAAAACAAGUCCUAUAUUGACAUAACCUGAAAGGCCGCUCAGCAAGGAAGAAGCCAUUGCUCCAAAACCACCAUAAAAAAGACAGACUACGGUUUGCAACUGCACAUGGGGACAAAGAUCGUACUUUUUUGGAGAAAUGUACUCUGGUCUGAUGAAACAAAAAUAGUACUGUUUGGCCAUUUGGCCAUAAUGUUUGGAGGAAAAAGGGGUAUGCUUGCAAGCUGAAGAACACCAUCCCAACCGUGAAGCAUGGGGGUGGCAGCAUCAUGCUGUGGGGGUGCUUUGCUGCAGGAGGGACUGGUGCACUUCACAAAAUAGAUGGCAUCAUGAGGAAGGAAAAUUAUGUGGAUAGAUUGAAGCAACAUCUCAAGAUAUCAGUCAGGAAGUUAAAGCUUGGUCGCAAAUGGGUCUUCCAAAUGGACAAUGACCCCAAGCAUACUUCCAAAGUUGUGGCAAAAUGGCUUAAGGACAACAAAGUCAAGGUAUUGGAGUGGCCAUCACAAAGCCCUGACCUCAAUCCUAUAGAAAAUGUGUGGGCAGAACUGAAGAAGUGUGUGCGAGCAAGGAGGCCUACAAACCUGACUCAGUUACACCAGCUCUGUCAGGAGGAAUGGGCCAAAAAUUCCCCAACUUAUUGUGGGAAUCUUGUGGAAGGCUACCCAAAAAGUUUGACCCAAGUUAAACAAUUUAAAGGCAAUGCUACCGAAUACUAAUUGAGUGUAUGUAAACUUCUGACCCACUGGGAAUGUGAUGAAAGAAAUAAAAGCUGAAAUAAAUCAUUCUCUCUACUAUUAUUCUGACAUUUCACAUUUCUUAAAAUAAAGUGGUGAUCCUAACUGACCUACAACAGGGAAUUUUUACUAGGAUUAAAUGUCAGGGAUUGUGAAAAACUGAGUUUAAAUGUAUUUGGCUAAGGUGUAUGUAAACCCUCCGACUUCAACUGUAUUCUCAUAGAUGAAUUACUGGUAGGCUAUGAUGACAUAAGCAGGCUGUCUCUCUCUUCUAUUGAGCCUGGGGAUGAGGUUAGCCAUGGCAACGCUGAAAGAAGUGCAAAUACAGUGGUAUACGCUGACUACAGAAUCAGAAUAUGAAGGUUUAGGCUACGGUACUUACUAGUGUGACUGUUCCGUUGUAACAGUUGUCAGUUUCGUUGUGUGACUCCUUCUUUUCAGCCCCAGGGGGUUUGCAUUGGUGUUUUCAUUUUCAGUAUCUCUUUUCCUAAUUUUUGAAGUGUGACAUGCAGAGAUCUUGACUUCGGGCCAGACAUAGGAGAGAACGCGUAGGUCCACUUCCUGAUGACACGGAAGAUUGUGAAAUAUGGGGUGAAUGGGGUGGUCUACGUGCAAUGGGAAGCAAUAUUCUGAUUGGCUCACAAUAGUUAUAAACGUCAACAUGUUGAUUAGGCUACACACACACACAUUGGGAUAUAUAAUAUGAGUUCUGUUUGAUAACCGCAGGCUACAGAGGGAAACGGAGUCCAGACCCACUCAUUAUCAUAUGGGGAGGCAGGUAGCUUAGUGGUUAAGAGCGUUGUGCCAGUAACCGAAACGUUGCUGGUUCUAAUCCCCGAGCCGACUAGGUGAAAAAUAUGUAGAUGUGCCCUUGAGCAAGGCACUUAACCCUAAUUGCUCCUGUAAGUCAAGGGAAGGGAGUGACAGUCAGCUAUUCAUGUCACUGUCUGUCACUUGUGUGUGUAGACUUAUUAUACAAUUCAGACCACAUUCUCAUGCCAAAAUUAAAGUAACUUUUGUUCAAUUAAGUUUUCAACGUCUUAUUUCAACCUAUGCCUUUUAUUUGUCAUGUUUAGUCAUUUAUUAGCAAAGGAUAAUAUGUGUAUUUAUAUAUAUUUUUGACAUAAAAGCUAUUUAGAAACAAUUACAGUUUUAAACUGAUGCAUUGGCCUUGAAGAGGAAUUUUUGAAUAUCAUAUGGACGCCGGCGUCCAUACUUGGGCUGGUGCGCCGUUGCUCCUCGCAUACUCUCUCCUCGCCUCCUUCUCAAAACCCAUUGGAGGAGAAGGUCAGAGGGGUGGGACCUAUUUACACACCAUUACAGAGGUGCGGGACAUAUUUAGUGAGUGCAUAUAUUAUCCCCCCCCCCCCCCCCCCAUAAUUUGACAUUUGAAAUGUCUCUAUUCCAUUGAAACUUUUGUGAGUAUAAUGUUUACUGUUAAUUUUUUAUGAUUUUUUUCACUUUGUUUAUUAUCUCUUUCACGGGUUUUGGCAAUGUAAACAUGUUUCCCAUGCCAAUAAAGCCCUUAGAAUUUAAUUGAGAGGACGCGAAGAGUGAGCAAUUGAGAUUCGCCCAAUGACUGAAUCCGUGCGAAUUUAGAUUUUACCAGAGACUGCAUCCGUACGACUGGAGAGCGGUUCAACGCGUCACCACCCCUUCCUCCCUGAAGAGCGGUUCAAAAUCCGAAAGGAGAUGCAGCAGGACGUAGAAUGCAUUUUAGCGUACUGAACAAGAACAAACCGUUUGACAAUGGAAUGUAAUAAAGUAGGCUAAAAGUGAUACGCCACCCCCAAACAAGAAGUUUAAUCAUCAUGUUUCGGAAGGGUUUAUUUGAGACAAAAUCGGACGGACCGUUGUGAAACUUUUGUAGCGGUCUCCCUAAAACACGACCAGAGAGUCAGUGGAGUUGCUCUGGGUAAGUUUGUAGAAUUUUUGUACAUAUUUAUUAUUUUAAAACAUGUCAACUUACUUCAUUACCUACCAGGCUUGUAGGCUACGAUCCCAAAAAGCUAAUACAAAUGAAACGGUGUGGUUUAGUUCUUACCCCCCCGCCGACGACAUUUCAACAUGUUCUUCAUGCAACGCCCUGAGUCUUUCGCUUUCUUCAACCCUAUUUUCCUUGCCUGCAAAUCGACGUUACUAGACCGUUACACUUUUUCAAAGCAUUAUCAUCACAAAAAGUAUGACAGAAAUGCUCCAGAUGUGCGUACCUCGUUACAAUGUAUCGAUGUUCCAAUCGUCACGUUUCAACAAGGUAACAAGUAGAAUUUAGUCUGGUUACUUUGUUGCAACAUGUUAAUAAAACCGAGUCACUGUGAAAAAUAUGGGUUGUUUUUAUGAAUUCGAAGGACCAAUAAAAAGGGAUAAAAAUACGUAGGUGCUGGAGUUUAUGCCGGUAGCAACCACCACAGGGUGUCCGUUCAGAACACGAGGAAGCAGUAGUUCCAGUUCAAGGUUUAAUGAAGAUCCACACACACACAUACAACACCAUUCUCUCUGAUACUAAUUGUGGUUCUGUAAAGAUAAGAGGAGAACUUAGGCUAUAGCACAGUAUGGGAAAAAUAUGCCUAUUUGCAUGUCAACAACUAAACAGGCUAUGUGGACCCAAACACAUGAUAGAUGCACAAAGAACAAUAGAGCAAUGUGGUCCUCUGUAGCUCAAUUGGUAGAGCAUGGGGCUUGUAACGCCAGGGUAGUGGGUUCGAUCCCCGGGACCACCCAUACGUAAAAAUGUAUGCGCACAUGACUAAGUCGCUUUGGAUAAAAACGUCUGCUAAAUGGAAUAUUAUAUUAUUAUUAUAGAAAUAACUACACAUUAUAAAACAACAUAAGCAUGAGCGAUCUACAACCGAAAAUAGCCUAGCACCACAGACAAAUGCUAACAAACGCUAAUAAGCAUGCUAAAUGGUCAUGCAUUCCGGAUAACAAUGCUAAUGCUAGCGGGAGUACGCAAGCUAGCUUAACACAAAUGGUACAUAUUUACAACAGACACUAUUUAGCUCCAAACAACAAGACAUCAGGAUUUUGGCACAUACAUUUAGCUGCAUGCACAAUAAACAACAGAAAGAAAAGCAAUUUCUUCUAAGGAGGUAGUAUAAGCAGGAGAGAAAAACAGGUUGGUCAUCAGAAUGGAAACUACAGACUGCAUGAGGCCCCUGCCUGAGGCCCUGCCUGAUUGGUUAUUACCCUAAGUCCGGGAAAAAGGCUGCUGAUUGGCUAAUAAAAUUAUGAUGAUUGGCGUGACAUUAUUCCAAUAGGAAAACCAAAAGAAAGUUGGGGUCUUGGAAAGGAGAUGAGCUGGCCGUUUUUUUACAACCGCCCCCAAAUGUGUUGUACAUAUUUGCUUCAACAGACAAGCCAGAUAAGGGUCUGUAGCUUCUUGAGGAAGGGCGGGCAGCUGGAUGAGUCGAGCAGCAGGCCUGACGUAGGUUCUGUCCUUGACUUGGAUCUCUGCUGUCCUCACUUUCCCGUCUGCUCCAGGGAUAACUGACUUGAAAGUUCCAACUUGCCAGAAGCCCCCACUCUCUUAAAUUAAAGAAGUUUGGAACCACCAAGACUCUUACUAGAGCUGGCCGCCCGGCCAAACUGAGCAAUCGGGGGAGAAGGGCCUUGGUCAGGGAGGUGACCAAAAACCUGAUGGUCACUCUGACAGAGCUCCAGAGUUCCUCUGUGGAGAUGGGAGAACCUUCCGGAAGGACAACCAUCUCUGCAGCACUCCACCAAUCAGGCCUUUAGGGUAGAGUGGCCAGACGGAUCAUCACAACAGUCCCAACUAUAAGGUCUUUAUCCUUGUGCCACUUAUGGCGGCCUUGAAGUGCAGGUAUGUAGUUCCGUGUGAAGCAGUGCCAGAAAUGGUUGGCUAGAACCUGGCUGUGUCUCCAUGUUUUGCGACUGAGCAGUUCAGACUCUGGGUAGACCACCUGUGGUAGUGACGAGUCUGGCCGCACCCAUGAGAAGAGAGAGGAGUGACUGGAUCCGGAUCCGCAAUGGCCGACGACACAUAUCCCAAGGGCUUGGAGUUCAAGAUCCCUUCUAUUUCGAUUAGGACAGUCUCAGCACCUCUUCGGAGAUGGUCUGUGCACCAAGAGUGGUUUGCAGGGCAGUCUUGAUGGAUCUGAUCUCCCUCUCCCAGCAUCCUCCAAAGUGUGGUGCACUUGGUGGGUUGAAGGCGAAGUGAAUCUUCUGACUGGCUAACUGUUCCUGGAGCUGUGGGUUGAGAGCCACGAAGGCCUCCUGUAACUCUCGCUCCCCUCCCUUGAAAUUUGUUCCUCGAUCGGACAGGAUCUCAAAGGGCUUCCCCUUCGAGCGACGAAGCAUCUGAAUUAGGAAUGAAUCAGAAUCCAUGUUCGUCAGUAGAUCCACGUGUACAGCCCGGGUGGUCGUGUACUUAAAGAUGAUGCCCCAUCUCUUUUCAUUUCUUCGGCCAAUCUUAAUGAUAUACGGUCCAAAGCAGUCCACACCUAUAGAAUAAAAUGUGGGCUUGUGGAGCCGUAGUCGGGCUGGAGGCAGGUCAGCCAUCCUAGGUACAUCUGGUUGGCCACUUCCUGCAUUCAGUGCAGCCAAGCUGAAAACAGCGAAUGGCUGCCCUCCCUCUCAGAAUCCAGAACCUUCGACGUAACUCAGCAAACACCCUCUCUGGGCCCGGGUGCCUCAGCAACCUGGUGAGCGGAAGACCUGGGUCCAGAACCAAUGGGUGAAGAACGUCAGGGCCCAGCUGGUCACACCUCCGAAGGCGACCUCUAACACAAAUCAGUCCAGUGACCUGAGACAGCUGUGGAAGUUCAUUCUCCCAAAUAAGCCUACGCUUGGAGAAGAUCUUCAGGUAGGUCUGGGUCAUUCCACCCUCUUCUCUUAUCCCAGAGCCUCUGGACCACAACCUUGGGCCGUGUGGUGUAUGGCACGAUGAACCCCAGUGGAUCGUACUGGCAGGCAAGGAUCCGAUAUAUGUUGCGCAUGGUGGGUUCAACUUUCUCCAUGUGACCUUGCUUGUAGCCAAGAGUGUCAGACAGACAUUGCCAUGGUAAUCCAAGGGUGUGCUCUUGGGGUUCCACGUCAUCCACCGUUCUCCGACCUGGACUCUUGAGGUACGUGUUCGAUGACUGCUGGAAGGUUGCUGGCCCACUGGCAUAGAUCAAAUCCUCCCUCAGCAGUACUGGCUCUUACAUUUUAGAGUAAUCCGCAGAGGGGAGGCUUUGCAGACAGUUGUCUACAUAGAAAGUGUUCUAUAGAAAAGCGCACAUCUUCUUCGGCUCACUGUGGUCGAACACAUGCUCAUGAAGGGCAAACAUGGCGCAGCAGGGGCUACAUGUUGUCCCAAGGAGAAGAACCUGCCACUCGUAGACAUCAGCGUAACCAUCACGGUUUAGGUCUCGCCACAGAAAUCGGAGAAGAGGCUGGUCUUCGGGUAGCAGGCGGACUUGAUGGAACAUCCCCUUUAUGUCACUGCUGAUGGCCACAGAGUGUUCCCGGAAACGGUGAAGGACUCCAAGCAGAGUAGCUCCCAAGGUAGGUCCGGGAAAGAGUUGUUCGUUCAAGCUCUUGCCCCUGUAGUUGAAGGAACAGUUGAAGACGACUCUGUUUUUCCCAUUGUGAUGGACCAUAUGAUGGGGAAUGUACCAACCUUGGUACUCUUCGACUGCUACUGGGGAUACCUUCUUAACGUGGCCGGACUCCACCAACUUGUGAAUCUCUGCGUUGUACACUGCUGCUUUCUCUGGAUCCUUGGACGGACUCUUCUUUGUCCCUCGCAGAUGAGCCAGUACUGCCUCCUUCCUCCCUUGGAAGCUCUGAAGGUUCUUCUUCCACAAAAGGGGAGUGGCGUACCUUUUUGAACCCCGUCCACUUCGACCCUGACUGUCUUCUCCUCCAGUAGAUGCAUGGCUUCUACAUCUUGUCUGGACCGUGUGAGUAGCUUCUCACUCCUGUACGGUAGUGUAUCCAACUGCCAGAGCUUCUCUACAUGGCUGAAGAGGUUGUGGUCCUCUGUAGCUCAGCUGGUAGAGCACAGCGCUUGUAACGCCAAGGUAGUGGGGUUCGAUCCCCGGGACCACCCAUACACAAAAAUGUAUGCACGCAUGACUGUAAGUCACUUUGGAUAAAAGCGUCUGCUAAAUGGCAUAUUAUUAUUAUAUUAUAAGAGCUCUGCAAAUGGAGAGACAAGGGAUAUAUGAAGGCACUGUUGUGGCGCAAGACUUUGCUGCAGGAACUUUGAACGACCUUGAAGGGUCCAUCCGAGCGGAGUCUCGAUGGCGGCAGGUCCGCCAGGGGGACCCAAAUGCGCUGGCUCUGUUGGGGUGAUUUUUAGAUGGGGAUAGUCUGAUCCGAUGAGCCUGGUCCAGUGCCUGGUCCAGCGGUUGAAGGGGUAGGCCUUUUUGAGGUGCUGAUAUCUGUUCUUAAGGGCUUCGACCGGGUAGGUAUGCAGUGCAAGGCCCAACUCUUCAGCUGUGAAGGCUCUGUGGAUGUCAAAGGACCUGUUUGGUUGAGUAACAGGGGCCACAGAGAAUGACACAGAAGCUCCAUGGACGACUCGGAUAUCUUGACGCACCGUACGAAGUGCCAAGUCCUCAGGAUUUCCUUGGAGGCCUCGCUGCUUCAUGUAGAAGUAUAGUGCGCUCCGACCCGCCGUCCAACAGGGCGUACGUGUCAAGUGACUUGUUGCCGCUCCGCAAGAUGACUCGACUCAUCUUCAGCAGCACCUUGCUGCUGCCAGAAGGUCAACGAACAUAGAGGGUCUCUGCGGUGGAGCUCACCAGGCAAAUGCCCUAUUGUUGACUCCUUUUGUGCUGGCGGUCUUCAUAGCGUUCGUGCUAGUGUUCUUUUGUAGCAGUCGGGCUAGUGUUGACCUCGUGGAGAAUCUCAAGAUGCUGCUUCUCGCACUUCUUGCACUUGGCCUUGAGAGUACACUAAGCUGCUUGGUGUCCACACUUCCAACAUCUUUCAUUUGUCUUGAUCCAGGAUUCUUUCUGUUCUUUGGAAAGGAGCUGAAAGUUGUUGCAUUGAUUCAUGUAAUGCUGCGUGGUGUUUUCAGAACGGACAAUACUUCUUUGGCUUCUCCCGUGACCUUUCCUCCGGAGACUGGUUCUUUGCAGAGAGUUCGACUUCGUCCUCUCUCUGCUCACCUCCAUGGAGGAUGGUGAUGGUCUUGGGGAAGGAUUUGUCUUUACACUGAUCUCGGCGUGAGCUAGGGUGGUCCCUGCUUUGUUCGCUGCUGAACUGCGUGUCAUCUAGUUGCACUCACCUCGUACUCAAGCCACUCUGCCAGGUGAAGGAGGGUUGGAAUGGGUGUCUUGAUGGGGUUCGCACAUCUCUUGAAGCUGGCUCUUAGCUAAGAGGCGGGAGACGUGUGAGCCACACCUCAGUUCUGUCUGUCCAUUACUCCCUAGCUGAUCCAACAUGCCAACCAAGGCACACACCCUCAGAGCGAAUCUUCGGAAUGCCUUGGUGUCACCACUUUUGAUGUUGGGCCAUCCAUUAAACCUGCGACGCGUUGGCGGGCAAGCUGGUGGGGCUGGCCAUACAGUUCUGUGAGGGACUCUAUGGGUACCUGCUGUUGCUGUAGGAGUCGGCAAUUAGCAAAGCCUCUUCCAACUUCAGGUGGUCCACCAAUAUCUGAAACUUGAAGCACUCUGUUGCAUCUACAGGCAGCAUAUUGUCGAGGGCCACCUUCAGCCUUGCAGACUCUCGUGGGUCUUCAUUGAUGAAGUUGGGGAUUUUAGGAGUUGGUCCACGGUAGACGCGCUCCCGGCCGGGUGGAGAAGGUGUGCGGUAGCGGACCGGUGAGUGCCGAUGACGAUCAGGUGAGUAGUCGCGGCGGUGACAGUCAGGUGUAGGCUGACCGUAGCGGUCAGGUGAGUAGUCGCGGCGGUGACAGUCAGGUGUAGGCUGACCGUAGCGGUCAGGUGAGGGCUGACGUUGGCGUUCAGGUGAGUAGUCGCGGCGGUGACAGUCAGGUGUAGGCUGACCGUAGCGGUCAGGUGAGGGCUGACGUUGGCGAUCCUGUGAAGUCAGCCCUCUAGGUGGCGCUGUAGGCCUACGAGUUCUGCAAUGAGAAGUCGACCGGUCUCGCUGGUGCGAUGGCUCACGACGUCGAGGGGUUGACUGAGGUAGAUGAUGACGGCGAGGAUGACUGGUCUGAGAAGGAGAGCCCUCUGAUCCCAAGGUUUUCAAUGAGCUGCUCUAUCUUAUCACGCUGCCUUUGUGACUGCAGUUUAUCAUCUCUGGUGCAGUUUAUCAUCUCUGGUUGUCACCAGCUAUGCCCGCUCAGGCUGACUUUGAUGACAAUCUCUAGUCGAGGUGCGCCUGCUAUGGGGGGGGCCGGUGAGUUGGCCAUUAAUGAAGGUGAGGCUCCAUCCUCACUGUUGGGGGUCAGCCUGGGUAGUGACUUGAACUGUCGGGGACCCAUUUGAAGCGGAUUAAUUUAGCUCUUCCGAUUAGCUCCAGUGUCUCCCGUGUCAACUUCUCAGUUUCCUCUCCUAUCAGCUUCAGGCACGUUACGACUGUUCUGGAAGAAGAACAGGUUUCUCUCUCAUCUUGUACAGGAGGGUAGCUGCUGCUGGUCUUGUUGUGAGAGUAAUUAAUUCCACUCACAGCGUCCUCUGCUCGUGGUCCCUCGUUGGAGAGGUGUGUUGUUGUGUGUGUGUGUGUGUGUGUGGUUUCUGCCUUGACUCGUAGCUUUACCUCAUAGUCGACCAGACGAUGUGGGGGGGGCGAGUCUGACGGCGGGGACGAACCCACAACUUGUGGAGGAUCUUGUCUGGAGACUGGCAUCCUUGAACUUUGGCAGUUACUGA